AUGCCGCCGAAGGGACGGGCAGCUGCCACGCGGCCAAAGGCGGCAGGGCCUGCCGAUGCCGCAAAGAAAAAGAAGCCGAACGCCGCCGCGCCGGACGCCCCCCCGCCGCCGAUACCCGACGGCCGAGAGUUGUGGCUUGCGACGGACGCCCUGCAAAAGACCAAGGCGCUGCGCAACUACUUUCAGCUGGAGCGCGACAGAAUCAUUUCCUUCUGGGAGGUGAGUAAGAAGGAGCUGGAGGAGCUCAGGACGGAGCUGCGGCGGCGCGAGGACGAAAAGGCCGAGGCCGCGGAGCGCCAAGAGGUAGAGACGAAGGUGUUCAAGCAAAAAAUCCGGCACAUGAUGUACGAGCACCAACUCCAAAUCUCCGAGAUGACCGGCGAGGCGGAGCGGACGUUGGCCAUACGGGAGGAGGAGUACCGCCAGAAGGAGCGGAACGCCGGGAGCGAGAUUCGGGACGCCAAGUUGAUGCUGCAGGCGCAGGAGAACGAGCACCGCGAUAUGACCGCGGCCCUCACCCUCUCGCACGACCAGGACAUCGCGGAGCAGCAGCUUGCCUUUGAGCGCAAAAACAAGGAGAUGCAUCUCAUGUACGAAAAGAAAAUGAGAGACUUACGCGAGGAGAUGGACCAGCGUCGCCGCGAGGAGAUCAGCCUAAUAGAGCGGCGCAAGAGCGAUCACAUUGCCGAGCUCCGCGAGAUGCAUGAGCGCACCUUUAGGGAGAUGAAGGAGUACUACAGUGAGAUCACUUCAAACAACCUAGAAACCAUCCGCACCCUCAAGGAUGAGGUGUACGCCAGGAAGCGCACGGAGGCGCACAACGAGCGGACAAUGAUGGAUGUGGCGCAGCGGAACAAGAAGCUCACGGAGCCGUUAGCGAAGCUGCAGCGGCAGAAGCGCGAGCUGGAGCAGGACCUUAUCAACUACGCUAGUGACAAGGAGAAGCUUCGGGAAAUGAAGACGGAGGUGCGAGAGCGCGACCAGGAGCUGCGCACACUGUUGUGGGAGCACGAGGUUCUUUCGCAGCGUUUCGUCAAACUAGAAGAGGAUCGCGACAUCAUUCUCAACAAGUACAACAAAAUGUUGCAGGAAAUUCAGCAAAAGGCAAUCUUCCGGCGGGUUCUUAUUCAAAACAAAUUGGAACUUGUGGAGUCGCAGCUGGAGGGGCGCGAUGCUCGUCUAACGGAGUUGUUGAAGAGGGCCAACAUCGACCCUGAGGGCAUAAGCGAAAUUGAACACAGAGUGCGUGACUUGUCCUUGGAGAAGGACACCAUGAUUGGCGACCUCCAGCACCUCAUUGCCCAGUUGACUGCGCGGCAGCAGGUGAUAGUGUCCACGUAUGAGGCAUACUUGAGGGGAAACGGCAUAUCCGGCGUAAGAGGGUAG